AUGUUGCGAGUAGUUCGUGGUCGGGGCCUUAUGCAAAUAUUUUGCAAUCAGCAACGUUUUUGUAGAUUUGAAGGAGGUACUAUAAAUGAAAAGGAGAUUGAGAUUCAGAAGAAAACACCACGAGGCAAGAUGGAUCAUGAGCUGGGAACGGGAAAGGAGGAUAAGCCUUAUGAAGACCCAUAUCUCCCAAAGCAUCCCGGAGGCGUCAACCCGAUAACCGGAGAAAUUGGUGGGCCAGCGGGACCGGAACCGACCCGUUUUGGCGAUUGGGAACGGAAAGGACGUUGUAUUGACUUCUAA